UGUGUCAAAUUGUACCUCCUUAUUGAAUUCCUUUGCCAGCCUACUUUAUGAAAGAAAUCCUUGGGGGUUCUUUUGCUGUUCUUGAUAAGCUUGUAAAAAUGAUUUGUUUUAGUUGCUUGUAGUUGCUGAACUUAAAGAAACCUCUACCCUCUCCAUGCUGUCUGUUGACAUGGAAAACAAGGAGAAUGGCUCGCUGGAUGUCAAAAAUUCAGUAGAGAAUGGGAGACCUCCUGACCCUGCUGACUGGGCUGUCACUGAUGUCGUAAAUUACUUCAGAACAGCAGGAUUUGAAGAACAAGCCAAUGCUUUUCAAGAACAGGAAAUUGACGGCAAAUCAUUGCUACUGAUGACAAGAAAUGAUGUAUUGACUGGACUUGCGUUAAAACUGGGGCCAGCUCUGAAAAUCUAUGAAUAUCACGUAAAGCCUCUACAGACACAACAUCUAAAGAACAAUUCUUUAUAGCAAAUGGUCUAAUUGGGGUCCUGUUGUGCCUCCAAUAACAAUAAAUAAGCAAUUUGGUUUCAUGUGAUGGAACUUUGUAAAGAGAGAAUAUAUGUCUUAAGAAUUUAAACCAAAUGGAAAUGAUAUAUAUCCUAUUGGAUAGAUUUGGCAAUAUACUGUACUAUGACUGAACUGAGGGAUGGUGUGGAUUUUCACAUGGUACAUAAUGAUUUUCUCUUCCAGCUCCCUAAACAGAAUACAUUGAGAUGAUUAAGUCAGAUUCUGAACAAAAAAUGAAGAAAGGGAGUUUUUCAUUUCUAAGCCAAACAAGAGGUUAAUUUUCAAGAAUUACUUAAAGUACUCUUAAAAGUUUACAUAUAUUUGGGGAGAGGAAGCAAAAGUAGAUUCUGAUUUAUGUCAAAUAUCUACUGAAGUUACUGCUCCUUGUAACUUGUGCGACUGGAUUGGGAUUUGCCAACUCACCCCUUUUUGCAAAGGGUCCUAUUUUUGACCUUAUUAAGGUUUAUUUGUGGUAUAUUGCAAUGUUUAAAGCUGUACAUACAAUUAACAUAGCACCUUCUAUAGCAGAAGGCCUUCCUAAGAGGUGAAGCUUGGUUGUGUGUUUUUGGUGGUGGUCAUAUUUUCAGCUUGUUUUCACCCAGUUUUAUUCGCAGUUCUAAGUAAGGUAUACUUGUUUUUAAAUAGCGUGUGUUGCUUUAUAAAACAAAAAUAAAGUUCAUUUUAUUAUUUUAAUUUAUAAAAAUUUCUUACAAAUUUUGCAGAACAUUGUAUAAAGAGUAGAUUUCUGCAGUUUUUUAAAAAAAUAUUAUUGUAUUUCAUAAUGUUUCAAUGAAUAAUUUUGAUGUUUUACUUGAUUUAUGGUUUAAAUAUUUGUUUCCAAAAAUGUGAAAGAAGUUGUCUUGUUACCGUAGAUCUCUGUUAAAAGAGAGUCUCGUUCAAUCUGUUUGUACUAGUUCCCAGUUUAAUUGGCUACUGGCUACUGCAAUAAAGCAUUGCUUAGGUUUUGA